CGCCGCGCUGCUCCUGCUCCUGACAGGCGCGCUCCCAGAGUUCAGUCGGGCUCCGGCGGGGCAGCAAGUCGCGAAGAAGCCAAAGGCGGCGAGCGGAGGCGUUUGGAGCAGGUCGGUUUGGCUGUCCGGGAAACUCGAGGUGUAAGGUGUCUGAAGACUCCACCAGCCCCAAUGGCUCAAAUAAGUCAGGAAAUAUCUAAAGUGGAACACAGACAGUUCUGUUAGGGAUUUCCUGGAUCAUCCUGGAAACCACCGUCACUGGAUCUGAGUUGGAACUGCAUGGUCCAUCCUGCCCCUUCGUGGAGGAAGGUGCCUUUACUUGUCCCCAAACUUGGAUCUCUGGAGAUAACUUGCCUGUGUGCUUGGGUUGCAGUUCAAGGCCCAGUCUGCUCCUUCAGAGAUGUACCAGAGUUUAGCAAUGGCAGCCAACCAUGGCCCACCAGCAUAUGAAGGGACCAGUAGUUUUAUGCACACCACAGCUGCUGCUUCUCCUGUCUACAUACCCACCACAAGGGUUACUACCAUGAUCCCCAGCCUGCCUUAUCUCCAAGGGAGUGGUUCAUCCCAGCAAGGCAGCCCAGUCUCCAGCCACUCCAUUUGGACUCAGCCUGGAGCUGAGAAUGUUGCUUACAACCCUGGAUCUUCUCAUCCAUCGGUAUCCCCAAGAUUCUCCUUUGCUACCAGCACCCCCAUCCCUGCAACUACUUCCAGAGAAGCAUCUGCUUAUAGCAGCUCUCUUAGCAUCUCAGCCAACACCAGGGACCAAUAUGCUCGGAGUUUCAGUGGGUCCUAUUCCAGUCCAUAUCCAGCAAGUUAUAUGACCCCAGAAUUGGGCACCACCUGGACUUCAUCUCCCUUUGAUAGCCCCAUGCUCCACAACCUUCAGAAUCGGGGAACUCCAGGAGCUUCAAGGCACAGCAACCUAGAGUUUUUUGAUGAUUACUCCGAAGGUCGGGAAUGUGUCAACUGUGGUGCUAUGUCCACCCCACUGUGGCGAAGAGAUGGCACCGGCCACUAUCUUUGUAAUGCAUGUGGACUCUACCACAAGAUGAAUGGCAUUAACCGGCCAUUGAUCAAGCCCCAGAGGAGGCUGUCAGCCUCCCGUCGGAUUGGGCUGUCAUGUGCAAACUGCCAUACAUCUACGACCACACUGUGGCGCCGGAAUGCCGAAGGAGAGCCAGUCUGCAAUGCUUGUGGUUUAUACAUGAAGCUCCAUGGGGUCCCAAGGCCUUUAGCUAUGAGAAAAGAAGGGAUCCAAACCAGAAAGCGUAAACCAAAGAAUUUAAGCAAAUCCAAGACAUCAGCAGGAUCAGCCAGCAAUGAAAGCCUUCCCUCUGCCAUUAGCUCAGCCACCUGCACCAGCACAACUACCACUACUACUGCUGAAGAAAUGCGCCCCAUCAAGACAGAACCAGGGAUCUCAUCUCAUUAUGGACACCCAAGCCCUAUUUCUCAGGCAUUCUCUGUUGCGGCAAUGUCUGGGCAUGGACCUGCUCUUCACUCCACUGUGUCUACUCUCAAACUUUCCCCACAGGCUUACCAAGCAGCCAUCAAUCAGUCUCCUCAGCCUAGCUCCAAGCAAGAUUCCUGGAACAGCCUAGUCUUAGGGGAAACACAUGGAGACAUCAUCACAGCUUAACCAACUUCUGCCCCCUUCACCCUCUUCUAAGGGGGUUACCAGGCCUGGGACUCAAAGGCUAUGGGCAACAGUCAAGCAAUGCCAUUUGUUCUUUUUUUUUUUUUCUUGUUUCUCCCUCCCACCCUUCGUUUUGUCCAGUUCUGGUCUUAGAAGAACCAUUCCAAAUUGCUUUGGCCUGCUCAUGGCCUAGAAUCACAGCUGCCUUAAAUACUGUCAUCAAAACUGCCAAGUUCUCUUUAAGAAAUGCUCUAGAUAACUUGGACAUCAAUAUUACAUGUUUAUACAUAAUCCUGGAGAAAUGUAAUAUCCCAUGGUAUGUUUGUAUACGUGUGUGUAAAUGCGAAGGGUGUGUAUAAGUGUGAAUGCAAAUUUGCAACGGCAGCUUUCCACAUGUUCAGUCUUCAGUCAUCUUUUGAAAAAUGGAGGAAUGAACAUACGUGUAUGAGCCAGCCCAUAAAAAAUAGAAUGGAGAUUUUUAAAAGAGAGAGAAAAAAAGUAAAACAAAAAACUGGUCAUAUAUAAACCAGCAAUAUCCCUAAACUUUGUAUCAUAGGGAUCAAGAGCUGGUGGCCUUCAUGCAAGAUCUGAUUUCCUGGGAUGUGAUAGCUAUCCAUCCAAUUGCUAACUUAAAGCCUCAAGAGGAGGAUGACUAGCAUCUUGGGAAAGAAGAAUGAAAAACAGUCUAGUUGCGGGCAUAGGCUUGGAUUUUGGUUCUCUGUUUCCCAUUUUGAUUAUAAAAAAUAUCCUUCCCCACAGAAACUGACCAAAAUUUAAUAUCUUUGAUAGUAAGAAACUCAAAUGAAUUUAUUCUAGUUCAAGGAGAGUGGCCCAUAAGAAGCUAGAAGAAAAAGGAGGUGCUGUGGUUGGCAAAUUCUGCAAUCAAUGCUGAAUUGAAGGCUUCAGAAAAAGAUCCAGGGAAGACUCCAGCAUUUUUCUAAGUGUGGAACAGAAGCAACAGGUUUUGUCUUCAAACAUAGCUGUAAUCAUGGCUGGUGGAUUUUAGGAGGAAUUUUGUGGAUCCAGCAAUUUUAUGACUGCCAGCAGUACAUUGGUGUUAAUUUAAUUGCUUUUCUGUCAACUUGAUUAACCCCCUUCCUUUGCUAUUAAUAAAUCUAUUUUUCCUUUCGAAGCAACCAUCUCAUAGUGUUUCCCCUGGCAUCCAGUUGAAAGAAGGAUUCUCCGUGAUUCAUACAGUCUUGCAGAUAGAUUGUUGUCAAGUACAGCUGGAAUGUGUGACCAUAGAUUAGCAGGCACCCAUUUCAGAAUAUUGCAGGGGUAAUGGGCAAGCAAAUAAUUUGAACUGAAGCUCUGCUUUCUGUCUAAUAUUAAGCAUGGUGCCAGUAUUAAAUAAAAAUUAAACAAAAGAUUUUGUAUUUAUGACCAAGUUGAACAUGACCCAGUGGCAGGAUUGACACUUGUUUUCAUUCAAUCUCACUCUCUUAAUACUCUUUUACUUUUAAUAGCUGCUUUGAAUCCAGAUGCUGCUAAUGCUCAUCUUCACUAUGCCUAGAAAAAAAUGCUUCAGAUAAAAGCACUGUUAAUGGUACAAGAAAGGACAUGCCAUCUUUUUCUGAUCAGUUGGCAACUUUGCCCAUCCCAUUUUCCACGGAUGGUGAAUUCCCAGAUAAUCUGACAUUCCCAAGGGAAAUAAACAGUUCAGCUGGCUUUUCAGAUUCAGGCUCUACCAUCUCCAAAAACAAAAGGAGUAUCAAUAAUGGAUUUCUGCUUGAAAGACAGGAGAGUUGCAGUUAACCAGAGCAGACUAUAUUGGGCUAGAUGGACAAACCAUUUGAGUGAAUAUGUAAGACUACUACCAGUCCCUGAGAUUCUGGAUGGUGGACUGGUACUGUUUUUUUAGGCCACAAGUGGUGCAGACCUGGAUUAGGCAACAAUUUAUCUUUUCAAGGCAGGGAGAGUAGUAAUCCGUGUGUUUUAACAUUUUGAUUAUUGUCAUUGUUCAAUAUUGGUGUUGAAAGAAGUUAAGUUAUACCUGCCAUGAAAUAAUUAAACUACUGCAAAAUACAGAGGAAUUCUAAAACUCCUUAUCUGGUUUAACAGAAAUAAAGCUUUGUGUGUAAUCAUCAGUAAAAUUGUAAUGUUCAUCCUCAGAA